AUGGCCUACAGCACUGCCUCCGCGCCGCCCGCGCCGGUCUUGAACCUCCUCUCCGCUGCACAGCGGGUGUGGAAGGAUGUUGGCCCGGAGAUCAAGGCGUCCAGUGAGUUGAAGGAGGGUCCCUUGUUGCCUCCCGAGGAGCUCAAGAAGGGAGCUGGGGCGUCCUUUGCUGCGUUCUUUUCAGUUCAGUAUAGAGGUUGUAUAAGACACUCUCACCCAGACACUCCAUGCAAAUGGUACUGUAUACAUCGACCUCUGAAGCUGCAUUAA